AUGCCGGUUAUGAAAGGAUUACUGGCGCCCCAGAACACCUUCCUCGACACCAUCGCCACCCGUUUUGACGGAACACACAGCAACUUCAUCCUCGCGAACGCCCAGGUGGCCAAGGGGUUCCCCAUAGUCUACUGUUCUGAUGGCUUCUGUGAGCUGGCUGGAUUCGCCCGGACUGAAGUCAUGCAGAAGAGUUGCAGCUGCAAAUUCUUAUUUGGAGUCGAAACCAACGAGCAGCUGAUGCUUCAAAUAGAAAAGUCGCUGGAGGAGAAAACAGAAUUCAAAGGAGAAAUUAUGUUCUACAAGAAGAACGGGUCUCCAUUUUGGUGCCUAUUGGAUAUUGUUCCUAUAAAGAAUGAGAAAGGAGAUGUGGUACUUUUUCUGGCCUCAUUCAAAGACAUAACAGAUACAAAAGUGAAGAUUACUCCAGAAGAUAAAAAAGAAGACAAAGCCAAAGGAAGAUCAAGGGCAGGGACCCACUUUGACUCAGCCCGGAGACGGAGUCGAGCGGUCCUUUAUCACAUCUCUGGGCACCUGCAAAGAAGAGAAAAGAACAAACUGAAAAUAAAUAAUAAUGUUUUUGUAGAUAAACCAGCGUUUCCGGAGUAUAAAGUUUCUGAUGCAAAAAAGUCCAAAUUCAUACUUUUGCAUUUUAGCACUUUUAAAGCUGGCUGGGACUGGCUUAUUCUAUUGGCGACGUUUUAUGUUGCCGUGACUGUACCUUACAACGUUUGCUUUAUUGGCAACGAUGAUCUGUCCACGACGCGGAGCACAACAGUCAGUGACAUUGCAGUGGAGAUCCUUUUUAUCAUAGAUAUUAUUUUAAAUUUCCGAACAACCUAUGUCAGCAAGUCUGGCCAAGUUAUCUUUGAAGCAAGAUCAAUUUGCAUCCACUAUGUCACAACCUGGUUCAUCAUUGACUUAAUUGCUGCCCUGCCUUUUGAUCUCCUGUAUGCUUUCAACGUCACAGUGGUAUCUCUCGUGCAUCUCCUGAAGACCGUCCGGCUGCUGCGUCUCUUGCGUCUCCUGCAGAAGUUGGACCGCUAUUCCCAGCACAGCACAAUCGUCCUGACUCUGCUCAUGUCCAUGUUUGCACUCCUUGCACACUGGAUGGCGUGUAUCUGGUAUGUCAUUGGAAAAAUGGAGAGGGAAGACAACAGCCUUCUGAAGUGGGAAGUUGGUUGGCUCCAUGAGUUGGGAAAGAGACUAGAGUCUCCAUACUACGGCAACAAUACCUUGGGGGGCCCGUCCAUCCGAAGUGCCUAUAUUGCCGCUCUGUACUUCACUCUCAGCAGCCUCACCAGUGUUGGGUUUGGGAAUGUCUCUGCUAAUACAGAUGCGGAAAAGAUCUUCUCCAUCUGCACCAUGCUGAUCGGCGCCUUGAUGCACGCCUUGGUGUUUGGAAACGUGACCGCGAUCAUACAGAGGAUGUAUUCCAGAUGGUCCCUCUAUCACACUAGAACUAAGGAUCUGAAGGACUUUAUACGAGUCCAUCACCUGCCCCAGCAGCUCAAGCAGAGGAUGCUCGAAUAUUUCCAAACAACCUGGUCAGUCAACAAUGGAAUAGAUUCAAAUGAGCUUUUGAAAGACUUUCCAGAUGAGCUGCGUUCUGACAUCACUAUGCAUUUGAACAAGGAGAUCUUACAGUUGUCCCUUUUUGAGUGUGCCAGCCGGGGCUGCCUCAGGUCUCUGUCUCUACACAUCAAAACCUCUUUCUGUGCUCCGGGGGAGUAUCUGCUGCGUCAAGGAGAUGCUUUGCAGGCCAUCUACUUUGUAUGCUCAGGCUCCAUGGAAGUUCUUAAAGACAGCAUGGUGCUGGCUAUUCUUGGGAAAGGAGACUUAAUUGGAGCAAAUCUAUCAAUUAAGGACCAAGUGAUCAAGACCAACGCAGAUGUGAAGGCUUUAACCUACUGUGAUCUUCAGUGCAUCAUCCUCAAAGGACUCUUUGAAGUGCUAGACCUUUACCCAGAAUAUGCUCACAAAUUCGUGGAAGAUAUUCAGCAUGACCUCACAUACAACCUUCGAGAAGGUCACGAGAGUGAUGUGAUAUCAAGAUUAUCGAACAAAUCUACAGUCUCACAGUCAGAGCCCAAGGGAAAUGGCAGCAUCAACAAAAGACUCCCGUCCAUUGUGGAAGAUGAGGAAGAGGAGGAGGAAGGGGAGGAAGAAGAGACAGCCUCCCUCUCUCCCAUCUACACAAGGGGAUCCUCCUCUUCACGCAGCAAGAAGGUGGGAAGCAGUAAAAGCUAUCUAGGCUUGAGCUUGAAGCAGCUGGCCUCAGGAACAGUGCCGUUUCACUCACCUAUCAGAGUCUCCAGUUCAAAUUCCCCAAAAAACAAACAGGAAACUGACCCCCCUAACCAUGGAAAAAGGAAAGAGAGAAACUUGAAAUUGCAACUUUCGGCUUUGAAUAGUUCUGGACCCCCAGACCUCAGUCCAAGGAUCGUUGAUGGAAUUGAAGAUGGAAACAGCAGUGAGGAAAGCCAGACUUUUGACUUCGGCUCUGAACGCCUCAGACCAGAGCCCAGAGUUUCUCCUCCUCUAGGAGACUCAGAGAUUGGAGCUGCUGUUCUCUUCAUCAAAGCAGAGGAGACCAAGCAGCAAAUAAAUAAACUCAACAGUGAGGUGACGACAUUGACUCAGGAGGUCUCCCAGUUAGGUAAGGACAUGAGGAAUGUGAUGCAACUUCUGGAAAACGUUCUGUCACCCCAGCCGCCGUCGCGGUUUUGCUCUCUGCACACCACCUCUGUGUGUCCCCCCAGGGACAGCUUACAGACCAGGACGACCUGGAGUGCGCACCAGCCUUGCCUACACUUGCAAGCAGGUGGAGCUGCUUAUACUCAAGCACAACUCUGUCACGGUAACGUCACCUCAGACAUUUGGAGUGUGGAUCCCUCCUCUGUGGGGAGCAGCCCCCGGCGAACUGGAGCUCAUGAGCAAAAUCCUGCAGACAGUGAACUUUACCACUCUCCGAACCUCGAUUAUUCACCUGCCCACUGCCAGGUUGUCCAGGAAGGUCACUUGCAAUUUUUAAGGUGCAUCUCUCCACAUUCAGAUUCCACACUGACGCCUCUGCAGUCCAUCUCCGCGACUCUCUCGUCCUCCGUCUGCUCUUCGUCGGAAACCUCUUUGCACCUGGUUCUCCCCAGCAGGUCGGAGGAGGGCAGCUUCAGCCAGGGAGCCACGAGCCCCUUCAGUCUGGAAAACCUGCCGGGAUCUUGGGACAGGGAAGGAGCGGCCUCAAUCUCUACUGAACCCUUGGAGAACUUUCCACUGGAAGUUGUCACAAGCACAGCAGAAAUGAAAGAUAAUAAAGCCAUAAACGUAUGA